GGUGGGGUGGGGGCUGCUAUGUAUAUAAUUCAUGUCCUUAUUAUGUAACCUCCUUUCCUCUUUUUUUUUUCUAUCUUUUGCUUUCUCUUCCCUCUCAAUUCUCUCUCUCUUUUUUUUCUCUGACCUAAUUGUCUCUCUUCUAUUCACAUCACCACUCAUCUCCAAAAACACACCAACCACAACCUUGAGAGGAAGAUCCUUCUAAAUUUAGAAUCUUUUUUUCAUAUUCUACAACCCCAUCAACUAGAUCUAUCUAUAGACUUCAUUUUUUACAACAAAAAAAAAUAACACUUGGGAAGUUUUGGCAUAGCUAGCUAUAACUCUAGAGGAUAAUAUUGAAAAAUAUUUAGAAGAUCAUCAUCAAGAAACAAGAAAAUUCAAGAUGACUCCAGUUAAUUUGGCAGGACAAUUUGGUGACACAACAUACACCAAAGUUUUUGUUGGAGGGUUAGCUUGGGAAACUCAAAAGGAAACUAUGAAGAAAUAUUUUGAACAAUUUGGUGAGAUCUUGGAAGCUGUUGUUAUCACUGACAAAGCCACUGGAAGAUCCAAAGGCUAUGGUUUUGUUACUUUUCGUGAGCCUGAUGCUGCUAUGAGAGCUUGUGUGGAUGCUGCUCCAAUCAUUGAUGGCAGGAGAGCUAAUUGCAAUCUUGCUUCUUUGGGUGUCCAAAGAUCUAAGCCUUCAACACCAAAGCAUGGAGGAGGAGGGAGGAACUUUAGGGUAAUGGGUUCUUACCAGACAGGAUUUGGAGGAGUGGGAUCAGCUUUUCCUUCAGCUGCAACCUUCCCUCAUUAUGCCAUCCAGCAAGGGAUACCUUAUAAUGUUUAUGGGUACUCUUCUUACUCACCGGAUUACAGUUACCCUACGAGCUACUAUGGUAUGUACGGUGGAGCAGCAGCACAGUACCCUGUUUAUGGAAAUGGACCAGCUGGAGGAAUGAUGACUGGUGGUGCAGCAGCAGCUGCAGCAUACUAUCCAUAUCUUCAGUAUGGCGAAGGAACUGGCGGUGCAACAACCGGCGGCUACACUUCCGGUCAAGGUUAUGGCGUUAACUACCCACCUCAAGUGUUUCAGUAUUCUCCAAUUGCUUCAACUGGUGGUUAUGCUGCUCAGCAUUAUGGAACACCCAUUUCUCUUGCACCUUCCCCCGCUGCCCUACCAUCAGGCGUGACAAUGGCUCUACAAGCUCCAAUUCCUCAUCGUUAGAGACUCAUAUAUCAUAUCAAUGAUCUCAAAAAAAAUCACUAGCUGUGUCAAAACUUCCCAAGUUAUUGCUUCUUGAAGUCUCUUAUAUCAUCAAUCAACCUUUGGCCUAACCAUGGUGUUCUCUCAUCCUUCACACACACACACACACACUUUUCACUAACACCAAAGAAAAAAGCCCAUCAAUGGAAUUUGGGCUUUUCCACUCAUCAUCAUCAUAGGCCCCCCAUAGGGGCCCAAAGGUUUCCUCUCCAUAUAAUUUGGAGAGUCAUGCUCAUGCAUUGUCCCAUAUUUUCAAGAAAAAAAAGUUGCAUUGGUUCCUUGAAGAGAACCAAAAUGUUUAAUCACCAACAAAAGCUAUAGGAAAUAGCUUUAAGUUGGGAAAAGAAUGGAAAAACUUAGCCCUUGGAAAGGCUAAACCAAAAAAAAAAAAAAAAUCAUCUUAUUAAUUAACUUUAGCCCAUGGAGGGCAAAGUGAAAGUAAUAAAGAAUGGUUUUUCAAAAAUUGUAAAUUGAAGAAUCUCACAAAUAGGUAUAGCUCAUCAAUUUGAAAUUAAGCUAGUUUAGAAAUGGGUAUCCCCUUUAAUUAAUUGCUAAUCACACCUCUUUGGAUAAAGAGGAAAAUUUAGCAAUUAAGGGACAUUGGAUGUCCCAUCUUUUUUGUAUGGUAACAUCUAGCUAUAGUGUUAUAGUCUUUAGUGUUAAUUAGGAUUAGGAUUAGGAUAAGUCAUGUUUAUCAAAUUAAUUUUUAUAAAAAGAAGGGUUUAACCAACCAACAAAUUAACCAUCUUUCCUUUGGGUAAGGAGAGAAAAUAACUUUUUUUUUUCUUUAUGUAAAUUUCAUUGUGGCUAAACUAUGGGAGUUUAAGCCCAAUUUAGUUAUUUUUAGGAGGGAAGUAAUUUUUUUACUUUCCCAAUUAGCAUAUAUGUAGUACAUUUCAUCAUCAUUUUGAGACCUACAUCAAUAGAAUGUGGAACUCAAAAACACUUGCAUAUGUAAUCUAGGGAGAUAUUUGGCUUCCCUUGGGUUACUUCACUUUGCUCACCAACCAUGGUUAGGGACAUAGGUGAAUUAAUGAGAAUCUCAUCAUCACUCUUACUUUGUUUCUCUCUAUCUCUCCAUUUCUCAAUCCUCUUCAUUUCUCUUCCUUUGUCUAUGGCAACUUUUAAAUUGAGAUGGACCUUAAUUAAUACUCUUUUAAUUUUAUGUUUAAGCCUAUAUGGUAUUUGGAUUGUAAUUAGGAAAUCUAAAGUAGGAGGAUUAAUUCAUUCCCUAUCCAUAUGCUGGAUGAGAAUGGAUUUACUACUUAUUCUACUAUGCAUUUAAUUUCUUAUAUUAUGUUUGCAUCAAUCAACAUGUGUCAAGAAGUUAAUGCUUUCAAGCAAUGUUAAUCUUUUUGUUAUAUGUCAAUUGAUGAUUUUCCUUAGUUUUA